UUUUCAAUAAAAAAAAUGGAGAAAAUUAUGCAGUUAGCAAAAAUUAUCUGGAGAUCUAUUAACUUUGGAAUUGUAAUGGCGUCUAAAGUGUGGUCUACAUUUUUGGCUCGAAAAUCCGAUGGCAGCCAGAUUAAACUUAGAAUCGAAGAAAUGCCUAGCAAUCGUUUGGAUGAUGUUUUAAAUUUGUUCUCUGUUUAUGCCGCUAAAGAAGAUAUUUUUGUAAAAUUAUUAGAAAUCCCGAAAAAUCCUGAAGCAGUAAAGGAAAUGAAACAGAGUACCCGAGAAAUGCUAAAUGCUGGUCCACAUAAUAUAGUCAUAUGCCGUCCAGAUGAUAAUAAUAGCAAGGACAUUAUAGGAGCAUCUAUAAUUGGUAUUACAUUAGCAAAAGAUAAGUUAGAGGACUUUCAAGUACCUACAAAAACAAAGGAGAUGGAAAAGUUAUGGGAGUAUUACAUAAAGUUGUAUAGUCUCUAUGAUCUAUGUAAGGCCCAGUCUUUGACAAGCUAUUAUGAUGAAAGAGGUCAAGUAGUAAUACCUGGUUAUGUAGAUAUUGAUAUACGGAAGGAACUUCUUAAUGUAAGACGAAAAAUCUGUAAAGAAAACAACGUGACUGUAACUGGUGGAUGGAUGCACUCCAAGGAAGCUCAAGAGGCAGCAGAGGCUGACGGCUGGCAAACAGCAUACGAAGUCAGUCGCGAACAACUGGAGAAGCUAUUGGGCAUUUCCAUAUCAGGAGGACCAUUGUUAUGGAAAUUUAUGUUUGCUAAACCUUUAUAAAUUUGUGCACUUGUUUUUGGAAGGGAUCUUUUUAGCAUAGGUAAGAAAAUUUCAAUUGCGACAAAAUUGAUACGGAAACAACACGGGAUGAAGCCCAUUAGUUGCUAAAAUAAUUUGCAUGUGUACAUCGAUAUUGUUUGUCAUAUAAAUACACACAAAUAUAUAUAUAUAUAUAUAUAUAUAUAUAUAUAUAUAUAUAAAGGAAAUUAAAUCUUUUCUUUAAAAUAAAUUUACCUACAAAUUUUUAUUUCUGACUAUAUCAUAAAUAAUAAGAUUCAUGAUAAAUUUUUAUAUGGAACAAUAGUUGAUUUUGUUGAGCAUUUAUUUGUUACAUUCAUUGAAGCAGUGUUCAUUCUCGACCUUUUUUGUGCUAUGCCCCACUUGUACAUUUCUAAAAUUUUUAUGCCCCUAAACAUAAUUUUUUUCGACAAAAUUUAUUUGACGACUAAUCGCCUAGUUGAUAUUUUGGUAACGUCAAACGAAAUUAUACCUAAGAAAUAUAAAUAUUAAAAAAAAUGCUGUAAACAGCAUUUUUUUUAAUACUUUUUUUGUUUGGCACCGAUAUCUACUUGUAGCAUUGCAUUUAAGUAACCCGGAGCAAGAGGGUUAAAAUCGCUUCGAGUCCAUUUCCACUCUUCAAACCGAAACACAGACAUGCUAACACAACUGCUUCAUGGUAGAAACACGUAUGGAAGAGAGGUGCCCAAGCAAAUGACUUUUCUACAAAGUCUCCUUCUGGUAAGAUCUGAUGAUAUCUGUGUUAGUAUAGUAUUAUGACGUUAAUCCUAAAUUUAUUCUUAUCUCUAUAAUAGUAGACAACUUACGAUAAUGAAUUGACGCUCAAGAUUUGACUCAGCUAGUUUUUAUCAAGAAACUAAAUUUUUAGAAAAGUCACAUAUAUUAACCUUAAUGAUUAUCACCAUAUCUUCAUAUUAGUCAUUAACUGUCCACUGCUGAAGAUAGGCCUCCCUCCACUAUUGGGGGAUUUUUGCCAUGCUUCACAAGCGGGACGGAAAUCGCAGUUAGGCUUUGGUGAUACUAUAAGAGGGACACAUCUGCCCAUAUUUCGACCAUUUAGUUCCCUUAGUCGCCUCUUACGACACCCACGGAAAAGAAAGAGGAGUAUUAACCUUACAUUAUGAAAAUAGCAUAAUAUUGCAUAAAAUUAUAUAAUUAUAUGUAAAAACUAAUCAAGUCAAAUCUUGAGCUUUAAUUUAUUCUAAGUUAUCUACUUUAUGUAAAUAAUUCGACUGUUCAAAUUUAAGAAGUUAUAUUUUUAAAUAGCAAACAUUUUAGUAACAGAAAGAAAGAAAUGGUGUUUUAAAUUUAUUUUAGUAGGCUAGUAGUAGUAGACCCCGCAAACUUCGUACCGCUUAAUUCAGUCAUUUCUUUAAUUUUUUAGUUUUUUUAAUAUUUAUUCUGGUAUUCGGGACGCUGGAUUAGCUAGUAAGAUAAAAAAAAAAGAAAAUUAGAAAGUUAAGAGGUCAACAAUCACAUUAUGUCAAAAAAUAAAAAUUAUAAAACACGCCGUGUUACGUCA